ACUGUUGCCGGCGGGUAGGUCAGGUGCGCGGGCGUCAAAACAUUAGCUUUACGCCACACAGGGUCACAUUAUUUCACAGGCAAACAGACCCGCGCUCCACUAUAUGACAACGCCACAUCGUCCACGGAGACCAAACCAACAGCAGACCUUGAGCAAGGCACAUCGGAGAUAAGACAGAGGCAAAGGAGACCUGGUGGAGAUCAUACUGAACUUUUGGAGCUGCGUUCGGUAAUUGGCUGUAUACAAACUGCUGUUAUUCAAUCUCUGUUGGACUGAACUCCAGAACAUGAUUGGGAAAACCGUUUUACUAGUUUGCCUGGCAGUCUUCUUCUUUGCAGAUGCAGAGGACAAAUCCAGAUUGUACAGGAGGCCUUCUUGUGGUGAUAUGAGCCGAACCCAGGCGUGUCCGCUCAACUACUCCCCAGUGUGCGGCAAUGAUGGGAAAACGUAUCCCAACGAGUGUUCUCUCUGUGUUCACCGACUGGAAACCAAUGCGGACAUCUUGAUAGUCAAAGAUGGAAGUUGCUGAAGCGUAAACCUACUGAGGAUUCAGCUGUGAAAGUGAUAACUUUAUCACAUGUAUCUUUCAUCAUUCUGUGAUUGUUAGAAUAGGUUGUAGAAGUUGUUUUUUAUGGAACACUCAUGCUCUCCCUCUCUCUCUCUCUCUCUCUCUCUCUCUCUCUCAAAUGCAUUAUAAUUUUAUAUAAUCACAUUAAUUUGUAUUAAAUCUUAACACUAUCUUUGUAAAGAAUAAAAUUAUUUUUCAUUCCCA